AUGGAGGGGGAGGAGGAUGGGGCGUGGCGAGUGCGGGAGCUGCAGGAGCAGAGGAUGGCGGUCCAGAAGAAAACCUUCACCAAGUGGAUGAACAGCGUGUUCUACAAGAACGGGGAGAAAGUGACGCUGACCGACGUCUACACGGAGCUGAAGACCGGAGUCGUUCUGAUCCGGCUGCUGGAGCUCAUCUCCAGAGAGACGCUGCCGCCGCCCAGCCGCCGCAAACUCAGAGUCCACUGUCUGGAGAACAACAGCAUUGCCAUCAGCUUCCUCAAAACCAAGAUUCGGGUGGAUCUGAUUGGUCCAGAGAACGUGGUGGAUGGAGACCGGACGCUGAUCCUGGGUCUGCUGUGGAUCAUCAUCCUCAGGUUCCAGAUCGGACCCAUUAACCUGGACGAGGCUGGAGGUGGAGGCAGCGUUGCUCAUCGCUCGGCGAAGGAGGCUCUGCUGAUCUGGUGUCAGAGGAAAACUGCAGGCUACAGAGGCGUCGAUGUUCAGGACUUUUCCUCCAGCUGGAGGGACGGACUCGCCUUCAACGCCUUGAUCCACGCCCACCGUCCUGACCUCUUCGACUACCGCCGUCUCCAUGGCGAUGACCCCCGCCGCAACCUGGGCCACGCCUUCACGCUGGCGGAGCGAGAGUUCGGCAUCAUGCAGCUGCUGGACGUGGACGACAUGGUGGUGGCUCACCCCGACGAGAAGUCCGUCAUGACCUACGUGUCGCUGUACUACCACUACUUCUCCAAGAUGAAGCAGGGCCAGACCAUCCAGAAGAGGCUUGCCAAGAUUGUUGGUUUGCUGAUGGAGCUGGACGGCAUGAAGGUCCAGUAUGAGAAGAUGGUGUCGGAUCUGCUUCACUGGAUCAAAACCAAGGUGGUGCAGCUGAAUGACAGAAGAUUCCCCAACUCUCUGAGGGAGAUGCAAACGCUGGUGACGGCGUUUAAGACCUACAGAACUGUGGAGAAACCUCCCAAAUACCAGGAACGUGGAGCGAUCGAAGCUCACCUGUUCAGCCUGAAGACUCAGCUGGCAGCCAACAACCAGAGGGCCUACAAUCCUCCAGAAGGUCAAGCCCUCAGCGACAUUGAGAAGAGUUGGGUUCUGCUCGAGAGAGCCGAACAUGAGCGAGAACGAGCCCUGCAGGAGGCGCUGCUCCGCCUGGAGAGCCUGGAGCAGCUGGCACAAAAGUUCAACAGGAAGGCGGCUCUGAGGGAGGGAUACCUGGAGGACACGCUGCGUCUGAUCCGGAGGCAGGAUAUCCGAGGUCUGUCCACGCUGGAGGAGGCCCAGGCGGCCGGCCGGCGCCUGGAAGCUCUGUCCACCGACGCUCUGGCCAGAGAGCCUCGGUUCACGGCCCUCAGAGAAAUGGCCAAGUCCAUCGAGAGAGGAAACUACCACAGCAAGGAGCAGGUCAUCAGAAGGGAGGAGAACAUCAGCCACCGAUGGAAGGACCUACUGCAGCAGCUCCAGGAGCAGAGGGUGCUGCUGGGAAAUGUAGUCGAAACUCUCAGCAUCCUCAGAGACAUCGAGCUCGUGUCCCAGGAACUGAAAGAGCUGCAGUCCCAGGCGAGUUCGUCUGAUCUGGGCCGGCAGCUGGCCGAGGUGGAGUCUCUCCUGCAGAAACAGGAUCUCCUGGAGGCUCAGAUCUUCACUCAGGGUGACGCUAUCACUGCCAUCAGCAGCACAGCGCUCAAGGGGAAAGUCCGAGACGGCCAGCAGAUUCAGAGCAGAGUGAGAGCUCUGGACGCUCAGUACAAAUCUCUGGUGUCGCUCAGCAGCAGCAGGAGGAGGCAGUUGGAGGCUCAGCUCAGACUCUUUGAGUUCUUCUACGACUGUGAGGAGCUGGAGGCCUGGCUCUACGAACGCUGGCUGAGGCUGCAGACGGCCGGACUGGGACGGGACCUCAACCACAUCCAGCUGGCUCAGCACAAGCACAAGGUGCUGGAAGCGGAGCUCCAGGCCCAGGAGUCUCUGUACCAGGGGAUCCUGGGUCGGGGUCAGGAGCUACUGUCCAAGCAGAGUCAGGAGAACCAGCGAGCCGUCCAGAAGUGGACCAGAACCCUGAAAAAGCAGUGGAGCCACCUGACCGAGGAGGCAACGUCACGCCGCAACCGGCUGCAGGCUGCCGCCACCAUUAAACAGUACUUUGCAGAUGUCGCCGAGGCGAGCUCCUGGCUGGGCGACAGGAAGCCGCUGCUGACCAGCGAGGAUUACGGGAAGGACGACUCGAGCACGGGGCUGCUGCUGCAGCGCCACCUGAGGCUGGAGAAGGAACUGCUGGCUUACGCCUCAGAGAUAAAGAGACUGUCGGAGCAUGCAAAGAGCGCAGCACAGAUGACGGCUCUGACUGUGAAUGUUUCUACUCCUGUGCAGGCGGAGCCUCAGCAGACCAAGAUGAUCCAGUACAGUGACUCCUCCAGCGACGAGGGGGAGGGGCCAGCAGCAACGACCUCAUCACCCAGAGGCCGGGGUGGGAGAGGCUUUGUGAGCUCCGCCCCUCAGAGCGAGCCGAGCAGAGCCAAGGUCCGCUUCAGAUACAGCAGAGGCCAGUUCCUGUGGGAUCGAAAUGAGAUCGUGACGAUCGUCGGCACUGGGCCGGACGAAGACAAAGUUCUCGCUAAAGACAGUCGAGGAAACCAGCAGGUCGUCCCCAAAACCUACCUGACCCUGCUGCCGUCCGCGGCUCCGCCCCCGACCCCACCCGCCUCCACCAAUGGCGUGCCAGCAAGCCCGACCAGGAAGCUGAGUCGUCCGAGGCGAAGCCGCUCGAUGCGUCGCGGCACGGCGGAGAUCCAAACAACGUGGCUGCCGGACGCCCAGUACCAGAGAGACACUGUGGAGAGCACACAGGCCAGUCUGGAUCAGGACUACAACUCCCUGUACAACCUGGUGAAGUCGAAGACGCGGAUUCUGGAGGAGACGCUGCGUCUGCAUCGAUUUUACAACAGCUGCCAGGAGUUCGAGUCCUGGAUGGAGGACAAGGAGAACAUCCUGAACACCUUCAGCACCGACGGAGACAAUCUGGGAGUGGUUCAGGCCAAGUAUGAGAACUUCCUGACUGAGUUGGUGAGUGGGCGGGGUCAAUUGGAUGACAUCAUCAAAAUGGCAGAGGAGAUGGUGAGGAGUCGGCACAGUAAGCAGAAGGAGAUCCAGGCCAGGCAGAGGAGCGUCUCCAAGAGGUGGGAUCGAAUCCAGCAGCUGAAGGAUGAAAAAGGCCACGAGCUGCUGAGCACGGCAGACGUUCAGUCGUUCCUGCACAGCUGCGAGGAGGCUAAAGCUCAGCUUCAGUCUCAGCUGUCGCAGCUGGAUGACGUGAACAUCGACUGCAGCUCCUUCACGCUGCUGAACGAGGAGAAGAACCAGACUCAGGCCCUCAGAGACAUCCAGAACCUGGAGGCGAAGAUCGCCUAUCUGAAGAGCGUCGCCAAGAUGAAGCAGGACUGCAGCCCAGCAGAGAGUGCCGCCAUCAUGGAGGAGGUUCGAGGUUUGGAGGCUCUGCUGAAGCAGGUGAAGCGCCAGGCUGCAAGCAGACAGCGCCACCUGGAGGACGCCCGCAGGCUUCAGAGCUUCCAGCUGCAGGCCAAGGAGCUGCAGCGCUGGGCGGGUUCGGUCCAGGAGCGCCUCCUGCAGGAGGAGUCGGCCGGAGACGUGGCCUCGGCGGUGGCUCUGCUGGAGCAGCACCAGGAGCUCCGAGUGGAGAUGGAGGCACAGAGAAGCAGGCUGAAGGAGAUGGAGAAGUUGGGGAAAUCCCUCCAGCAGGGCUCCACGGGUGGCGUCGACAUCCAGCAAACUGUGGACGAACUUGGCGCCGUUUGGUCCGAGCUGGACGGGCUGUGGGCCAAUAAAAAGCAGCGUUUGGAGCAGGGGGUGGAGCUACAGAGGCUGAACCAGGAGGGAGACCGGAUCGAGGCGGCGCUGUCUGGACACGAAGCCCGACUCAGGGUCCAAGACGUCGGGGACUCGGUGGAUGGCGUUCACAGCCUGCUGGGCCGCCAGGAGGAGCUGGAAGGCCUCCUGAAGGCUCUGGACCAGCGGGUGGAGAAAUUCAGCGAGCGCAGCAAAGAGCUGAUCGACCAGCAACACUACGCCGCAAAACACAUCAAGGAGCGAAGCAUCAGCAUCCAGAAGGCCAACAAGAGGCUGAAGGAAAGCAGCCGACAGAGGAGGAGCCUCCUGCUGGCCUCCAAGAAAUACCAGGAGUUCCAGAGAGACGCGGACGAGCUGCUGUUGUGGAUGGAGGAGAAGUUUAAGGUGGCUGAAGACGAGUCGUACCGCGACCCCACCAACAUCCUCAGGAAGCUGAAGAGACACGAGGCAGCCGAGAAGGAGAUGCAGGCCAACCAGGUGUGGCUGGACCGACUCGUUCAGCUGGGACAGGAGAUGGUUGCUGAGGAGCACCACAACAGCCAGAGCAUCAGCAGAAAGUCUUCUCUGCUCAGCAGCCGCUGGAGGAGGCUGCAGGACAAGAUGGCCGACAGAGGGGAUAAACUGAGGCAGGCGGGACAACAGGAGCAGCUGAUGGAGCUGCUGCAGGACGCCAAGCUGAAGAUCGAGGCCAUCCAGUGGAUGCUGAACAACGCCACCAAAGGUCACGACCUGCGCUCUAGCCGACAGCUGCUGAAGGAGCACCAGCAGCUGGAGCAGGAGGCCAAGGAGCUGGCGGAGAAGAUCAACUCCAUCGUCAGCAGAGCUCAACACCUGGCCUCCAACCACUUCGACUCCCACCGGAUCCUCCAGGAGACGGACACUUACCUCACUCUGUUCAAGUCCCUGCAGAAACCUCUGGACCAGCGCCGGGCUCAGCUGGAGGCGUCGGUGAAGCUGUUUGAGUUUUAUCACGAUGUGGAUCUGGAGCUCAGCUGGAUCUCUGAACGGGUUCCUGCCUCCGUGUCGACGGGAUACGACAAGUCUCUGGCCGGAGCCACCAGCCUGAUGCAGAAACACAAGGAGCUGCAGGCUGAAGUCAACGGCCACCGAAAGCGCCUGAACCACGUCCUGGACAAAGGACAGCGCCGGGCCAAAUCCAGCAAAUCAGACGCAGAAGAACUGCUCAAGAGGUGCAGCCACCUGCGUGCAGAGUGGGAGGAGCUUGAGGAGGCCUGCAGCAGGAGAGCAGCUCACCUGAGCAAAGCCAUCACCAGGGAACAGCUGCUGUUGGACUGUUCAGAGCUGGAGUCCAGACUCACCGAGAUGCUCAGUCUGGUGAACACCGACGACUACGGCAAAGACCAUCUGGCCACACAGAGCCUCAUCACCAAACACCAGGUGCUGGAAGGCCAGCUGGAGGUGCUGGAGGUGGAGGUGGAGGAGUUAGGAGACCAGGUGGAUCAGGCUCUACAGAACUGGAGGCUGGAGGAGCUCAGCAGACCCUACAGCCGAGUGAGCAGCCUCCACCAGCAGCUGCAGCACCAGGCUGCCCUCAGGGGUCAGAAACUGAACGAAGUCCUUCAUCUCCACGAGUUCAGACGAGAAGCUUCAGAGCUUGAGGACUGGAUGAUCCAGCAGCGACAGACGGCAGAGUCUCAGGACCUGGGCAACGACUACCAGCAUGUUCAGCUGCUUCGUGGGAAGUUUGAAGGUUUCCUGAAGCAGCUCGAGGUUGGAGAGGACCGACUGCAGAGCUGCAGCGACUCUGCUGCUCGACUGAUCCGCGACAAACACCCGCAGAGCUCCGCAGUAAAAGACACACUGCAGCAGCUCCGGUCAAGCUGGGAGGAUCUGAAAGUCGUGGCGAAGGAGCGUCAGGAUCAGCUGCAGACGGCUGAGGAGUGUCAUCGCUUCUACCGAGACCUGAGCGAUGCGCUGACACUCAUCCAGGAGCGACACAAGAGCAUCCCCGACAACGUGGCCAAGGAUUUUCAAGGAGUGAUGUCGCAGCUGAGGAAACAUGAAGCUCUGCUGCACGAACUCGCCACUACGGAGGAGCAGCUGCAGGAACAGCUGGACGCAGUCGAGCUCGUCAUGGACCUCUGCACGCCGCAGCUGAAGCUCCGCCUCCAGGAAGUGCAGCAGGAAGUGGUGGAGCGAUGGGAGGAGCUCCGACUUCACACCGAGCGAAGAGAGGAGGAGCUGAAGCUGACCUGCCAGAGAUACAUGUUCUUCAACACGGCGCAGGACUUCCUGCUGUGGUGCGCUCAGCUGAUCGGUGCGAUGGCAGCCGAGGAGAGCAUCAGCGACGUGGCGACGGCCGAUCUGCAGCUGGCUCAGCACCAGCAGCUGUGGGCCGAGAUCGAGGCCCGACAGAAGACGUACCAGCAGGCUCGGGACAUGGGAGAGGAGCUGCAGAACAAGAACCGGAGCAACAGGAGGGAGGUGCUGGAGAAACUGGAGGCUCUGCAGGCAGAAAGAGACAAACUGGAGGAUCAGUGGAAGAAGAAGCAGAGCUGGUUGGAAACCGUCCACCUGGAGCAGAUCUUCUACAGAGACGUUAACAGCAUGGACAAAACGUCCAACUCACAGGAGAUCCUGCUGCAGAGCAGCACUCUAGGAAACACCGUGGACGAGACGGAGGGUUUGAUCAAACGCCACGAAGCUUUUGAGAAGCUGCUGGGCUUGCAGGAGGACAAGCUGUCCUCUCUGAAGGAGCUGGCCAACCGCCUGAAGAAGCAGCUGAACCACGAGAAGAGUGGGCGGGUCAAAACCAGACUCAAGGCUCUGCUGCAGAGACGCGACAGGAUCAGAGAGCUGUCCGUCAAACGCAGGGAGGAGCUGGAGCUGUCCAGGCUUCUGUGCAUCUUCAACCGAGAUGUUGCCCAGGCGGAGGAGUGGGUGUCUGAGCGGAUGCAGAAGAUGGCGGAGGACGGUAAAGCCGACCUGAGCAACCUGCAGACCAAGAUGAAGCUCCUCCAGAAACACCAGGUGUUCGAGGCUGAGAUCCUGGCUCACAGCGAGAUCAUCAGCUCGGUGCUGCAGGCCGGCACUGAGUUGGUCUCCCUUCACCGCCCUCGGUCCAAAGAGGUAAAAAAGAGCGCAGCGAUGCUGGAGCUCCACUGGGAGGAGCUGAAGAAGGCUGUGGCCAUCCGAGGAAAAGCUCUGGAAGACAAUAGAGACUUCCUGGAGUUCCUGCAGAAGGUGGAGGAGGUGGAGUCCUGGAUCAGAAACAAGGAGGUGAUGGUUAACGUUGGAGAUGUCGGAAAAGACUACGAACACGGAGUUCAGCUGCUGAAGAAGCUCAGCGAGUUCAGAGGGAGUAAAGACGGGGACGUGACUGUGGACGACGCUCACAUCACCGCCAUCAACCGGCUGGCGGGCCGGCUGGAGAAGAGGCAGAGCGCCGAGGAGCUGCAGACUGUGAGGCAGAGGAGGCAGCAGCUCAACGACAGGUGGAGCAAGUUCCACGGAGAUCUGAGCAGCUACAAGAAGAAGCUGGAGGGGGCGCUGGUGGUCCACGGCCUGGUCAGGGAGCUGGAGGAGGUCCGAGACAGAGCCAACGAGAAGAUGCUGCUGGUGCAGGAUCAGGACUGUGGAUCUGAUGUGGACGGUGUGGAGAACCUGAUCAAACGGCACGAGGAGACAGAGAGAGAAGCCGGCGUCAUCCAGGAGAGGGCCAAGUCUCUGGAGAAAGAUGUUUCUGAUCACCUGAAGGCUCGAUCAGUGCUCAGCGACAAGCUGAAGAGCAAACAGAAGGAGGUGCAGAAAACUCUGAAGACUUUGGACACAGAAGUCAAACACCGGAAGGAGAAGCUACAGGAGGCUCACCAGCUGCAGCUGUUCAAAGCCAACCAGCGCCUCCUGCUGGAGUGGAGCCUCAAACAGAGCAGCGAGAUGGCAGAGAAAGGACUCCCAAAGACCAGAGCUGAGGCCGAGCGGCUCAUCGUGGAGCACCAGGACUGGAAGACGGAGAUCGACGCCCGAGCCGAGCGCAUCGACUCUGUCCAGGACUUCGGUCAGGGCCUGAUCCGGUCGAGUCACGACUCAAAGGCAGAGAUCCAGAAGGCUCUGAAGCAGCUGGAGGACGCCAAAGCUGGGCUGGACCAAGCCUGGUUGAACCGGAACACGACCCUGGAGCAGGCCCGAACCCUGCAGGUGUUCCUGGCCUCGGUGGAGCAGUGUGACGGCUGGCUCAGCAACAACGAAGCCUUCCUCUCCAAUCAGGACCUCGGGAGCUCGGUGACGGAGGUGGAGACGCUGCAGAGGAAGCAGCUUCAGUUCGAGGAGGCUCUGGAGGCUCAGUGGGAGCAGCUGGACCGGGUGGACAAACUGGGCCAGAGCAUGAUCCAGCAGAAACACUAUGACGCCGACAACAUCAGAGCCAAGAGCAGAGCGCUGACCACCAGGUGGAGUCAGCUGCAGCAGCAGAGCAGAUCUCGUCACAAAGCUCUGGAUCGAUCCCUGCAGCUGCAGCAGUUCUUAUCCAGCAGCUACCAGGUAUGUGUUUGGCUGAACGAGCGUAACGCCGUGGCGUUGGAUGAGAGCUGGAGGGAACCAACCAACCUUCAGGCCAAACUACUGAAGCAUCAGAGCUUCGAGGCCGAGAUCCUCGCCAACCGCUACCGACUGGACGCCCUCACGAAGGAAGGUGAGAAGCUGCUGUCAGAGUCUCGAUCAGCUGAAAUGAAGGUUCAACCUCGACUCAGAGAGCUGACGGACAGUUGGGACGCUCUGAUCAAAAACUGCAAGGAGAAGAAGACCAGACUGCAGGAGGCCUACCAGGCGCUGCAGUUCCAGCGUUCGUUGGACGACAUGGAGCAGUGCGUCGCCUCGGUGGAGAGGGAGCUGACCAAUGAGGACUGUGGCAGCGACCUGCCGUCCGUCAACAGGCUGCUGAAGGCUCUGCUGGGGCUGGAGGAGGAAGUGGACGGACACCGGGACCGGAUCCAGGGUCUUGUGGAGACGGCAAACAACUUCCACUCUCAGGGAAACUUCCUGGCUGAGGAGAUCCAGACCAGAGUGGCACAUACCAUCAGCAGGUACAACGGUCUGGCAGAGCCCAUGCAGAACCGCAGGGAGACCCUGGAGGCCUGGCAGGUUCUGUUCCAGUUCUACAGAGACCUGGAGGAGGAGGUGGCCUGGCUGAGCGACAGACUGCCCUCCAUCACCGCCAGAGACUGGGGGAGUUCACUGAGCAGCAGCCAGCAGCUGCUCCACAAACACCAGGCCAUGACGCAGGAGAUCUCUGGUCGCGCCCCAUUGGUCCAGGCCGUCCAGGAGGCGGGCCACAGUCUGGUCAGGGGUCGACACUUCGCGUCUCACGACAUCCGUGAGCGUCUAGAGGAGUUGAAGAGUCUCCACGAGAAGCUGCUGGUGGAGGCGGAGAAGAAGGGGAAGCUCCUGCAGGAGGCGCUCAGCAUUCACACCUUCCUCACAGAGCUGUCGGAGCUGCAGAUCUGGUUGGAGGAGCAGCGAGUCGGUCUGGAGUCCCGGGACUGUGGCAGGAGCGAGGAGGCGACGGAGGCCCUGCUGAGGAGGCUGGACUCUGUGGACGUGGAGCUGGAGAACCAGAGGAGGACGGUGGAGAAGCUGCAGGAGAGCGGAGCGUCGCUGCAGCACCUCCGACAUCCAGACAGCCGUCUGGUCAGCGAGUCUCUCCCAAGUGUCCUCGAAAAGUUUGAGACUCUCCUCAAACUGUCCGCCUCUCGUCGCGCCGCUCUGGAAGAUCAGCUCCGCCUCUACGUGUACGAGAGAGAGGCCAAAGAACUACAAACAUGGCUGACCUCCAGGAGGACGGUGACAGAGUCUGAGGACUGUGGACAGGAUCUGGAGGACUUAGAGGUCCUUCAGAAGAAGCUGGAGGUUCUGAUGGCAGAGGUGUCCGGUUUGGGUCGCAGCCGGCUCACCUCGGUCCAGCAGCUGGGUCGGGGGCUGCAGCAGGACGGCCAGGCCCGGAGGAGGGACGACGCUCUGAGCCGGCUGUGGGACGAACUGGACGGCAGCAUCAGGACCAGAGAGCAGAACCUGCAGGCAGCAAGGGAGGUGCAUCAGUUCAACCACGACGUGGACGAGCUGAAGGGCUGGAUGGCUGAGAAGGAGGCAGUUCUGGACUCGGAGGACCAGGGGCACGACCUGCAGGCGAUCCAGACUCUGCUGAGGCAGCACGAGGCUCUGGAGACGGACCUGGUUCUGAUCUCGGAGGAGGUGACCCGGAGCAGUGACGCGGGCCGGACUCUGAGCCGACGGCAGCCCCGGGUCAGAACCUCGGUGGCUCAGCGGCUGGAGGAGCUGCAGAACAGCUGGACCAGCAUCCAGGACAAGGCCUCCCAGCGCCGGGCCAGACUGGGCCAGGCCGGGGACGUCCAGAGAUACUUCUCCCAGUGCUCAGAACUCAUGGCCUGGCUGAAGGAGAUGCUGUCUCUGGUCAAAGUGGAGGUCCAGAGUCUGGAGGGAAGCGACCUCGAGCAACUCAUUAAAAAACACGACGAGUAUCGCGUCCAGAUCGACCGGCAGCUCAGCAAGUCGCAGGCCGUGAAGGACGAAGGACGGCGGCUGGUCGAGGACGGAAACUUCAUGUCUCAGGAGGUGGAGGACCGGAUCGGCGACCUGGAGGAUCUGGAGCUGCAGCUGGAGAAGGUUUGGGAGGAGAGUCGGCUGCUGUACGAAGAGGAGCUGGAGAUCUGCCUCCUGCAGAAGGAGCUGGACCAGGCCGAGCGCUGGCUGAGCUCCUAUGAAGGAACGCUGACAGCCGAAGACUACGGGGACUCGGUGUCUGACGUCAUGGAGCUGCUGAAGAGGCAGGAGGACCUGGAGGCCAUGAUCCAGACUCAGAGCGAGAGGUUCAUCGCUCUGCAGAAGAAGAAGACGCAGAGGGAGAAGCGGCUGGGUCUCCGUGGACACGAGGAGAAGGACCUGCAGUACAGACGACCUCCAGCCAGAGUUUCCUCACUGAGGAGGAAGCCUUCAGACCCGAAGACCCCGAGGAUCUCCAGAGACAUCGUACGUCGACUCAGCAUCGGCAGGCCGACCGACCGGACGCUCAGACUGAAAACAGACGUCGUCAGUCCUCCUCAGAGUUCAUCUGUCCGUCCUUCAGCUAGCAGUCCUCCUGACAGUCCCAGCUCCAGCCCCACCGUGGUGUCCUGGAGAAACCGGACCAGAAGCUCCUCUUCCCCAGAACCCCCUCAGUCUUCUCCUUUGUCCCCUAAAACCUCCUCCUCACCUGUAGAGCCUCGUCCCAGGUCCAAACCUCCUCAGUCUCCUCCUCCUCAAUCUCCUCCUCCAUCGCCUAAGUCCUCAUCAUCAUCGUCAUCCUCACCUAAAGUGUUUCAUCCCCGGUCCAAACCUCCUCAAUCUUCUCCUUUGUCCCCUACAACCUCCUCCUCACCUGUAGAGCCUCGUCCCAGGUCCAAACCUCCUCAGUCUCCUCCUUUGUCCCCUAAAACCUCCUCCUCACCUAUAGAACCUCAUCCCAGGUCCAAACCACCUCAGUCUCCUCCUGCAUCACCUAAGUCCUCAUCAUCGUCAUCAUCCUCACCUACAGAGCUUCGUCCCAGGUCCAAACCUCCUCAGUCUCCUCCCUCCUCCCCCAAACCUCCUUCAUCCGCUGAAUCCUUCUCACCUCCAGAACCUCGACCCAGGUCCAAACCUCCUCAGUCUCCUCCCUCCUCCCCCAAACCUCCUCCAUCCCCUCAGCCUUCCUCCUCACCUGCAGAGCUUCGGCCCAGAUCCAAACCUCCUCUGGCUCCAAAGCCCAGGUUCUCCUCCACAGAUCGGACAGUCGGACGUCACUCUGAGUCCUCGGUUCAUCCGAAAAAGCCCGCCACACCACCGCCUGACUCGCCUCCACCAGUCAGGAGGUUUGUUGCUCCGACUGAACCUCCUCCACCUCCACCGGUCGCAGGAAGGCGCCCUGAAUCACUGACACCGGAGCAGUGUGACGUUCCUGAUUCUGCCGCUCCACCUGCUGCUCAGCAGGCGACGCAUCCUCCAAUCACAGAGGAGGAUGCUGAGUCACAUGACCUCACUCCUCCGUCUCCUCCACAGAGACAGAAGACACCAGAUCUACCUGAGAAACCACCCACACCUGAGGUGACACCUCGACAGCCAAUCAGGAUGGAGGGGAAGCUGGAGAUCAAACUGAAGCAAGCAGGAAACAAGGGUCUGGAGCACUGGGAGGAAGUGUGGGCUGUUCUGGAAGGCCAAACUCUGAGCCUGUUUAAGGACACAGCAGCUGCUGCAGAGAGGACCUCUAGGUGGCCUCCUAUCAACAUGGUUGGAGCAGUUUGUAGAGAAAACAAGUACUACAGGAGGAAGGAGAACACCUUCAAACUGGCCCUGGAAGAUGGAUCUCAGUACAUGUUCGCAGCAUCCAGCAGAGACCUCCAGCUGCUCUGGGUCAAGAAGCUCCAGAACCAACCUGACUCCUCCAGCAGCGACUCCGACGACUCGGGGAGAGCUUCGUCCGUCAACCUGAGUCUGGAGAAGCUGGCCGACGCUCCGGAGGGCUCGUCGUCCGGCAGACCUGCGGACCGGAGAGCUGAGAGCCUGGAGAGACAGUCGUCCACGGAGGGCCCCCCUCCCCCGAAACCCCCCCACACCUACUACAACAGCCACUCGUACCCCGAGGGGGGGGAGGCCCCCGGCUCAGACACUGAAUCUCUCAGCAGCAGCCCUCAGCAGCCUCCAGCAGCUCCAGCUCCUACCCCGGACCCCCCCACCGUGACCCCCCAGCCAGCCGAGGACUCCGGCAAAGACAAGCCCAAGAUGAGCGUCUUCAGGAAGUUCUUCACCAAGAAGUAG